AUGUCGGACCUCAAGGAGUUCACCUACCAGGACGUUGCUGAGCACAACACCAAGAAGGACAUCUACGUCGUCAUCCACGAUGCCGUCUACGACAGCACCAAGUUCGUCGACGAGCACCCCGGUGGUGAGGAGGUCUUGCUCGACGUGGCCGGCCAGGAUGCGACCGAGGCCUUUGAGGAUGUCGGCCACAGCGACGAGGCCCGCGAGACGCUAGAGCAGCUCAAGGUCGGCGUUCUGAAGCGACAGCCCGGCGACCCGUCCCCCAAGGCCUCCGCACCCGGCGCCGUCUCUCCCGCCGCCCAGACCGGCCAGGCCACCGGCCUCGGCAUUGGUGUCUACGCCUUCCUCCUGAUCGGUGGUGCCAUUGCCUACGGAGCAUACCAGUACCUGCAGCAACAGGAGCAGAAGGCAUGA